AUGACUUCAACUGCAUCAAACCCUUCGACUUUGUUACCAUUGGAGCUUGUUGACAAAUGUAUCGGAUCCAAGAUUUGGGUGAUCAUGAAAAGUAUGUUUUUCUAGUAAGAUGUAUUAGAAAGUUUAGACGAAAAGGAAAUUGUUGGCACGCUGACUGGAUUCGACGACUAUGUGAACAUGGUCCUUGAAGAUGUUGUUGAGUACGAAAACACAGCAGAAGGAAGAAGAAUCACAAAGCUCGACACCAUCCUCCUGAACGGUAACCACAUCACGAUGCUUGUACCUGGUGGAGAAGGUCCGGCUAUUUAA